CCUUGAUAGGAGCUCUUGUACCUCAUUUAUGCCGAACUAAAAACAUGGCUCUGCGACUUCCAAGUUUUCUUAGGACGUUUGGAACGUUCGGUGUACGAGCUAUGAGCACAGGAGAUGCUGGCUCUGGUGCAGGAAAGGGUGGUGGCACUGGAGGCGCCAUUAGAGAUGCUGGUGGUAGUUUCGGAAAGAUGGAAGCUGCACAUGAAGAACAAUACAUGAGAAAACUGGCACAGGAACAGUUGAAAAGUCUGAAGGACCACCACGAGACGGAGAUCAAGCAACACGAAGAAGCAAUCAGGAGACAUAAGGAAAACAUCAAGAAGUUGAAAAGUGAUGGUGGGAGUGAUAGCGACAGUGACUGAUAUGUGAAGAUGUGUCCCAGG